AUCGCAGAAGCAUUCACAAUUGCCGAAAAGCUAGCCUGCACGACGACCGUUUGCCUACCUUCAUGCAGCUGCCUGGCCCGAGCGCAAGCUCGCCACAAAGCUUAUAAACAAUUCCUUCACCCCAUCUCUGCACCGACUUGACCUAUACCGAAACUCCUGACCUUGACCUAGUACAAUCAGUCAUGGCGGAGCCCGGGGACCCCAAGAUUGACCAAGUCACUACUGUACACAAUGAGCGCCGCAGCUCUCUGUUCGAUGAUGAGUACAGGCGUAAGGAGAGCAUCAGCAAGCUGACCUCCAACCUCGAGGGAGAGAUCCGCAAUCCUCUUGUUGGAGUGCCCAAGGCUGAGCUUCUCUCGGACGUCUCUCUCUUCGCAAAGGCGCAUCAGCUGGAAGACAUCGAGCCUCUCCUAGCGAAGGGAGCGCUUGUCGCACAGUCGCCAGCGCUGAUCGAAGAGAUUGAGGAGCUCGAUGAGGAUGACCGAGUCGCACUUCGUGAGGAGGUUACGCAUCGCUUCAAGCUCCCUAAGACACUCUACUACACCAUCAUACUCAACUCCAUCGCCGCAGCCAUCCAAGGUUGGGAUCAAACCGGAUCCAACGGUGCCAACUUGACUUUCGCCCAGUCAUUCGGCAUCCCAGAUUCUGGUCCUGCGUGUACCGCAGAUGGUACCUGCGAGAGCAACUCUUGGACCAUCGGUUUCAUCAAUGCCUCUCCCUACAUCGCCAUCGCCUUGUUCACUGCCUGGCUCUCGGACCCCGUCAACGACUUGCUCGGACGUCGUGGUACCAUCUUCAUCGCCGCUGUGUUUUCGCUUCUCGCGCCCAUUGGUUCUGCACUGACUCAAAAGUGGGGUCAGCUCGUGGCAUGUCGCAUUAUGCUCGGAAUCGGAAUGGGCUUGAAGGAGGUGACCGUCCCAGUGUUCUCAGCUGAAGUCGUGCCAGCUACUGUUCGCGGUGGAUUGGUGAUGUCCUGGCAGAUCUGGACUGCGUUCGGUAUCUUCAUGGGUUUUGUUGCCAACCUGUGUGUCAUGAACACGGGCUCAAUCUCCUGGCGUCUGCAGCUAGGUUCGGCGUUCAUCCCAGCGGUGCCCCUGGUUCUGGGAAUUUACUUUGUCCCGGAGUCUCCUCGCUGGCUGAUGAAGAAAGGCCGCUAUGCGCAAGCGUAUCAGUCUUUUUUGACGCUUCGAAACACCCCAAUACAAGCUGCGCGUGAUCUUUACUAUACUCACGCCUUGCUUGCCCAGGAAGAUGUCCUGGUCCGCGAAGCUGGCCUCAACCCUAAGAGCAACUUUUUUAAGCGCUUCACGGAGCUCUUCACGCUACCUCGCGUACGACGUGCGACUCAAGCCUCCGGAAUCGUCAUGAUCGGCCAGCAGAUGUGCGGAAUCAACAUCAUUGCGUUCUACUCGUCAACCAUCUUCAAGGAGGGUGGCGCAACUGAGAAGGAAGCUCUCAUUGCCUCUUUCGGAUUCGGACUUGUCAACUUCUUGUUCGCUUGGCCAGCCGUCUGGACGAUCGAUACAUUCGGCCGCCGCGGAUUGUUGCUGUUCACCUUCCCGAACAUGUUCUGGACGCUGCUGGCGGCAGGCAUGUGCUAUUACAUUCCCAGGGACAACGACGCACAUCUCGGGCUGAUUGCGUUCUUCGUGUAUCUCUUUGGUGCCUUUUACUCUCCGGGAGAAGGGCCCGUUCCAUUCACAUAUUCUGCUGAGGUCUUCCCGCUGUCGCACCGUGAGGUCGGCAUGUCGUGGGCAGUGGCUACGAACAACUUCUGGGCUGCAGUGCUGUCGCUCACACUCCCGCGUAUGCUGAGAGUGAUGCGACCACAGGGAGUGUUUGGCUUUUACGCUGGCCUCAACAUUCUCGCUUUGAUCAUGAUCUUCCUGUGGAUGCCAGAGACGAAGCAGCGAACGCUCGAAGAGCUCGACUACAUUUUCGCCGUGCCCACGCGAACUCACAUGAAGUAUCAAGCUACCAAGAACCUACCCUGGUGGUUCAAGACCUACAUUCUCCGUAAGAAGGGUCUCGCAAAGCCGCAGUUGUACAAGCUCGGUGGUUUGCCUCAGGCUCCUAGCGUUACGGCGCAAAUGAAGUACGCUUGGAACACUGGCGUCCUUCGCAAGAAGGAUGUGGCGCAGCCAGCGGCCCGAGAGCAGCACGUCGCGCCUGCGAGUGAGGCGCUUGCUGAGAAGCAAGUCUAGUCGGCCUUCUCCACUUCGCCCGAGCUGCAUUGAUCCUGCGAGGCCGUCUACUUGAGGUUGCACCUUGGGUUUCGCGGCGUUCAGGAUCUGUCGCCCUCAGUCUGACCACGAAUUGAUUGAUACUUGACGAUGCCUUGGAAAGGCGAAUGUUUGAUACCCUGACGGAAGCUACGUACUGUUAGCACUCAUAGUCUGUCCUUAAUGAUACACAUAUCGUACUGAG